GGGAACUUUACACAGAAACUCAGGAGAAACGAAAUGAUCUGCUCUGGAGCCGCAGCAAAAUGCUGGAUGGACACCUACUCCUGGGAUGGUUAUCAUUCACAGUUAUAGUCCUCCUUAUCAACUUGCCUGGACCAACCACUGCUUAUUUUGGGCUGACAGGUAAUGAACCCCUGUCCAUCCUCCCCCUGAACACUGAGCCCGAGGAAACAGCAGGCAAGGCCCACUAUAAACUGUGCGACCGGCUGAAACUGGAGAAGAAGCAGCGGAGGAUGUGCAGGCGAGACCCUGGUGUAGCGGAGACCCUGAUGGAGGCCAUCAGCAUGAGCGCGCUCGAGUGUCAGUACCAGUUCAGGUUUGAGAGGUGGAACUGCACCCUGGAGGGACGCUACCGUGCCAGUCUACUCAAAAAAGGAUUCAAGGAGACCGCAUUUCUAUACGCCAUCUCGUCAGCAGGGCUGACUCACGCCAUGGCCAAGGCCUGCAGUGCGGGCCGCAUGGAGCGCUGCACCUGUGACGAGGCACCAGACCUGGAGAACAGGAAGGCCUGGCAGUGGGGAGGCUGCGGGGACAACCUCAAGUACAGUAACAAGUUUGUCAAGGAGUUCCUGGGCAAGAAAUCCAACAAGGAUCUCCGGGCCCGAGUUGACUUGCACAACACCAACGUCGGCAUGAAGGUGAUCAAGGCAGGAGUGGAGACAACGUGCAAGUGCCAUGGAGUAUCUGGCUCCUGCACGGUCCAGACCUGCUGGCGACAGCUCUCUCCUUUCCACGAGAUUGGCAAGCAGCUGAAGCAGAAAUAUGAGACCUCACUCAAGGUGGGCAGCACCACCAAUGAGGCGACAGGGGAAGGAGAAAUCUCCCAUGUCAGGAUGCAGCCCCUGCCUGGCCCCAGCGACCAGAUCCCCAGGACCACCGAUCUCAUUCACAUCGACGACUCGCCAAGUUUCUGCCGGAUGAGCAAGUAUUCACCGGGGACCUCGGCGAGGAAGUGCUACAAGGAUAAGAACUGCGAAAGCAUCUGCUGCGGCCGAGGUCACAACACUCAAAGCCGGGUGGUGACCAGACCCUGCCAGUGCCAGGUGCGCUGGUGCUGCUAUGUGGAGUGCAAGCAGUGUACACAGAGAGAGGAGGUUUAUACCUGCAAGGAUUAACAUAAUCAACCCCCUCAGGGGUCCAAAAGGGGGAAAAAGAGGCGCAGGAGAAUAUUUGUCUUAAAUUGAAAAUGAUCUACAAACAGAGAUAAAAAAAAAUGUCUUGAGGGACAUCAAGGAACUUUCACUAUGAUGUUGAUGAUGACGAUGUAUGCACUUUGAGUGGUUCCAAUGAGCUGUUGUAUGAAGCUUCUCCCAGGGUUGGGUCCAGUGCAACCCCAAGAAGAAUCCACUAUCAUAACAAGAAAGUUCAGGUCAGGACCUGUAAUGAGGAAUCCUCAAAAGGUUUGGUCUUUUUCUCAAAAGCCAAAUUCAGCUGGAUCCAUCAGUAGACCAACAAGACAUGCAGGUUGACUAAACAUGGUUUAUGUUGAAUGGUCAAGGAUGCAACCCUCGCACCAAAACCAUAGCUUUGGUAGAAGCAGGUUUGACUGGAAUGCACAGCUGACAGAAAAUAAGGGCCAUGGCUUACUAAAGGGGAUCCGGAUAAAUUAAGACAUAGACUGUGUGAUGUAACAGGGUAUGGAUGUUUUGUUUUGUUUGUUUUUUUGUUUUACCACUUUUGAUGUCUAAAAACCACUAGCCACACAUGCUACUAGAGUAUUGUGAGGUUUUCAAUUACAAUUUACUUUGACAAGGCCUUGUAGAAAUAAAGUCGCUCUCGCUUUCUUUCUGUGGAAAUAACUUUUGGAACUAAGAAGUACAGUGUACUGUAUGUUCGUUUGUAGCUUGCUUAACCUGGAUCAUAAGUCUUUUUCAUAUUUCUGACAGGAAAAAAAAACAGCAUUUGACAAUUCCCUUUGUCUGAAAAAAAAAACACAAUUCACAAUCCUCCAGGUUAUUCUGACAUCUUGCCAGUCAAUUAUUACGGCUAGUUUGACUGUAGUUGUACUCAACGACUCGUAUUCAGGGGCCAACUCUAACCACUAUGCUUGGACAAUGCGAUGCUAAGCUAAAGCAACACUGGGUUUGAAUAGAGAGAAGCAGGGUAUUUUUCUGGCACAAACAAGACUGAGAACAUGUACUGUGGUGACCACUGGUACAAGCCCUGUAUGAUAUAGGAGGAUACCUUAUGAUGGGGACCAUCAGUGAAUAGUAUUUUAUACCCAGUAUUUGUCAAUAACUGCAGUCAUUGACCAAAGGCUGCUGAGUAUUUUAACCAGCAUGUUCUGCCCAUCCCAUGUGUCAUUGUGACUGAUUACAGAAAAGAAUGACUGCUUUACACCCAGGGAUUCCUGGUAGAA